UCUCCCCAUCGACCUCAACGUCACAUCCUCAAACACUACCCCCCUCUUGCAACCAGGUUUCCUUGCAUGUACUGUGAGGCCCCCAGCAAUAUGACCAUGGCGAAUGGGAUCGAUACAGACGAUUAUGAGUCUAAGCUCGGCAGCUUCAAUGAGGUCUUUGUUGAUCUUAUCAAAAAGUAUAAGGCGCUUCAGGAGGACUAUCGGGAACUUAGUAUCGAUCAUAAGAACGAACGGAGAAUGCGUCGUCAGUACCAGGAGGAAGUCGAGAAGAGCCUCGAUGCGCGGGACCGUUUGAUCAGCCUUCAGGAGGAUAGUGCAUUCGUGCUAGGCUUAAUUGAUGGAGAUGGUGUUUAUUUCCAAGACACGUUUCUGAAGGCUCAAAGUGGUUCCGAGGCAGCCUCGAAGCUGCAGGCUGCCAUUCGAGACCACGUCUCUUCGCUUUACCCUAAGUCGAGCCAUUGGCGGAUCAUGGUCAACAUUUAUGUCAGCCUGGAUAAGAUGGGCCAGAAGCUGGCUCAGGUCGGGCUCCUGAAUAACCAGCAGGAAUUCCGCCUCUUCGCCCAAGACUUCAAUGUCAACCAACCUUUGUUUAGUAUUAUCGAUGUCGGUUACGGCAAGGAGCGUGCGGAUUUCAAGAUCAAUGAAAUGCUCCGCACUUUUAGUGAAAACCCAACCUGCAAGCACAUCAUCUUCGGAGGUUGCCAUGACGCCGGAUAUCUCAACACUCUCGGACAGUACAAACACCACAAGGAAAAGGCUGCUAAAUUAACCCUCCUGCACGCUACGUCCCCUUACCCGGGAUUCUUGGACCUUCCAUUUAACACGGUCCGCUUCGACGAUGUCUUCAGAACGCAGCCACUACCUGAAAGUGGCCGGCCGGCGAACCCGCCGUCUCAGGCUAUGCCGGAGCGGACAUUGUCCCUGUCAGAGGACCGUAAGCCAGCUGCAGCGCCGUCUCCCGUCUCCACUCCGGCGCCCGCGGAGUCAACCUGGAGGAGCGUAGCGAAGUCAUCAGGACCGAUCAACGGAAUCAUUGAUGUCACGCCAUAUAAAUUGCCUAAGAAGCGGGUUAUCUAUCUUAAUAAGGAGAAGCACCGACUCGACGAAAAACUCCCCGCUUUGGAUCCUAAAGCUACACAGGCCAUUGACAAACGUAUGAAGGAGGGCGGAAGUAACCUCUGCAACCAAUGGCAUCUCAAUAACCACCAAUGCCCCAACGGAGACUUCUGUCGCUUCCAGCACGGUCCUCCCCUCACGGCUGGGGAGACGAUUGCUUUGCAGCUCAAGGCAAGGAAUAUUCCCUGUCGCGAUCCCUACUGCACAAAUGUCUUUUGCUAUUUGGGACAUCAGUGCGCUUGGGAACGUGACCAGGGCUAUUGUACCUUCAAGGACCGAUGCAACUUUGUUGAUACUCAUGGCAUGGAUAAAACAAAGUUCUAUAAGAUGGAUGAGGAUGGAAAGUGGAUGAUGGUGUAGGAGUUUAUCAUCUUCUAUCCAAGCCGCUACGUACGGAUGAGAAGGGCACAUGCUUUUCCUCCUCCUUUGCUGUUCUAUUUGAUUUUUUCCGCGGGUGAGAAUGAGUGGACGAAAAGUUGGUGAUUUGAUGUUUCUUUGGUAGGUUUGUUUGAAAGAAUGGCAGCUAAGAAUAUGCUUAACUACUGGAUAUCAAUUAUCUAUGUCUUUUACUAGAUAUUUGUUACAGGCCCGUGUUGAAGUGAAUGCUAUCGUGGCAUGUUUUUAGGGUUCUAUGAUGUUUCUAGAGGCUAGGGCUUGGUAGGUAUAACUAGGGUUUG